AGACUCAAUUCUUUUAUUAAUAUCAACGCCUCUCACCCUUUGCGCAAGUUUUCACAUCACAAAGAGUAAGACGUUCACAGUUGGUAGCUUCGCCAGAGAAACCGAGCAGUUAUUAGUGAAGAGAUAGCAAGGUAGUUCACCUGUUAAACAUAACAAGAAAGUAAUGUCAGAAGAUCAAGAUUUAGCAAACCGAGCAACGGGAAUGUACCUGGGUGGCAACGAGCCGCAAGUCGCCGCGUUUUACGACCACAUUAGAGCCAGAAUAGCAGAAGCGGUAGCAAACGAAAGGGCCGCAAAAGAAGACGCGUAUCGAGCAUUCUGGCAAGAGACAACAAGAAAACAUGAAGAAAACAGAAGAGAAAGGCUAUUAAACGACAAAGAUAGGGACGGGAAAUUAAAAAUAAGAGAACCACCAACAUUCGCGGGAGGAAUAGACACACUUAAGAUCACAGGAUGGGUUGACCAAUUAAAUACCUAUUUCAAGUAUGUAACAGACACUGAGGAAAAGAAAACUGAAUACGCAGCCGGUUUACUCAUUGGGCACGCCCGAUACUGGUAUGUACAGUACCGUCAAACGCAAGGAGAAACUCCACCACCAUGGGAAGAGUUCCAACUCGUUUUAAUGGAAACUUUCAGUAACCAACAGAAGGAAGCCUUCGCAUCAGACAGUAUAGGACCCUAAAGCAAACCAAUACGGUCGACGAACUCAUUCAUACAUACAUAAAGUUACAAAGAACAUUACCACCUGAAGUACCCAUGGCAGAAAAGGUUGAGAUCGACAUCUUCACAGGAGCCCUCAAGCCUGACAUAGAAAAUCAUGUAUUGGAUAAAAACCCGGCAACGCUCAAUGAAGCCUUUCAAAUCGCAGCAAAUUUCGAGCGAUACAUAAAAGAAAACCCCAAGGCUCGCAGACGAAACUUAGACCAAACGAUUUUAGGUUUUUCGUGCCACCACCACCGCAACAACGUAGGACCAGAGCCAACAGAUGGAAUAACAAACAGUGUUACAGUUGCGGGAAAAUCGGGAACAUAAGUCGCCAAUGUCCACACACAGGAAGAAUCAAUUAAGUAACCCUCACCGAAAUCGAUGUGGACGCUCCAGAAGACAAAAUGUUCACAGCACCAGUCAGGACGGACGGAGAAGAAACAAGAGGACUAUUAGACCCGGGAGCAAGUGCAGAUUUCUUUAAUAAACAGUUGUAGAAAGAAAUAACGGUAAGAUGUAUGGUUAUUGGUAAACAAAAACGAACAAAGCUAGGUAUUGUAGAAUUAACAACAGACAUAUUAGAUAGAACAACCACAAGGACAUUCUUCAUAGCAAAUUUAGUCAAAUACGAUUUCAACAUGUGGAUUCGCCAUGAAACGUAUAGAAUUUUUAGGUUACGUUAUCAAUCAGAAUGGAGUGCAACCAAGGGACGACAAAGUUAAGUUAGUAAUGGAAUCGCUUGAGUCCAGCUGGGCAUAGUACAAUUAUACUCUUAUAAAGUAUGAAUCUCUGUAGAUGCCCUCUGUAACGUUUACUUUUGGUCACUAAAUAACUACAUUGUGGCAAAUACUUGUCGCAUGAUAAAUACAUGUUAAAGAAUGGCGUGAGCCUCUUCAUGAGAACAUUCUUAACGAUCUUCGACGUCAUUCCUGAUUUUCUGCGGGAAAUAAAAUUUUCUUCAGUAUAUAAUUCUCCUAGGGCUACUCUCACUAAUUGCUGUACCUUUCAACACCCAAUCGGCCAUAUCUGGGUGGAAAAUAAACUUCACAGGAAUAACUGCCUACACAUCAGUGAAAAAGUAAUCCGAAUUAUCGGGCAUAUGGUGUAGGGGUUAUCACGCAUUCUUAGCAUUUUCCAAGGAAUUUGUCAAUCUGGAUGAGGUCCCCGGUUCAAUUCCGGGUAUGUCCAAUAACUUUUGUUUCCUCACCUUUCGAGGUUAUUUUUGCCACAUCUUUGUAUCUUCAUCGC